AUGGCAAGCCAUGGUAUUCCUCGCGCAGAGGGUCGUGGUGAACAAAGUGCAGAAGCGCGAGCGAAGGAACUAAAGGAGAUCAACCAGUACAAAAGAUUGGUGGACGAGAUUGACAUAAAGGUUGAUGCGGGGGAAUUCACCCCCGAACUCCUCCAGAAGACCGCGGAGCUGUUGAAGAAGAAUCCUGAAUAUUACACGAUUUGGAAUCAUCGCCGACGAAUCUACGCAAACGAGUUCAGGGAUCUGGCUUCACAGGUGAAGGAUGGCAAGCUGUCGGAGGAAGAGCGGCAAAGCCAGGUGUUGGACAUUGUCAAGCUCGACCUGCAAUUUCUGUUCCCAUUACUACUGAAGUUUCCCAAAUGCUACUGGAUUUGGAACCACCGUCUGUGGCUGCUGGACCAAUCUACACUGUUGCUGCCACGAGAGACGUCUCACAAGCUAUGGACCGAGGAGCUCGCUUUGGUGGGCAAGAUGCUCUCUCGCGACAGCCGCAAUUUCCAUGGCUGGGGCUAUCGGCGGACGGUGAUCACAAAUCUGGAGAACCUCGAUGAGACCAGUAUGGCGCAGAAAGAGCUUGACUACACCACGAAAAUGAUCUCUGCCAAUCUAUCCAACUUCUCGGCGUGGCACAAUCGGUCUAAACUCAUCAUUCGCACGCUCGCCGAACAACAAGCAGAGGACGACGAGCGGAAGAGGAUGCUUGACGAAGAAUUGAAGCUGAUCCACAAGGCUCUGUUCGACCCCUACGACCAGUCACUUUGGUUCUAUCACCAGAAUUUGAUGUGUUGUCUCGACCCAGCGACAGCGCCGCGAACAAUGGCGCCCAACCUGAGCACCGACGAGAGGUUAGCGUAUGUCUCUGAGGAACAAGACUUUAUCGAAGAGCUUCUGGAAGACACAGACGACUGCAAGUGGAUAUAUCAAUCAUUGAUCGAGCUGGCCUUUUUGCAGGCGAAGCUGAGGGGUUUGGACAUCGAGGCAGAACGAAGGGGGAGUCUAAAGGAGUGGCUCCAGAAACUCAAGUCCUUGGACUCUCUGAGAAUGGGUCGGUGGACUGAUCUUGAGUCGUUGCUGCUUGCAUGA